AUACUCAGUUCGUAAUCGACAUCCAAAGACUGAGGACGCAACUGCAUCUAGAGUCUAGACCCAACACUGGAGAAUGCUGCUCAAAUAUAUCCCCAUGCUGCUGCUGGCUCAGCACGUGCUGGCGGCACCCACAUCUCGCGAUCCGCCCUCUGGCAACGGGUCGGACGAUCCGGUCCAAAGGCAACUGGAACAGGAGGCCCGCCAGGAGACAGUCCUUCUGCUGAACGCCCUGUUCCGAGCACAGAUCGCAUACUUCACGGAGGUGAAGGCCAAGCUGAGUCCCCAGUCGAAGAGGGCCGGUGACAUAGAUCGUUACGUGUCGCGCGUGAACGAGGCCAUUGCGGAGAACGAUCUGGACAAGAAGGAUCAAAUAUGGCUCGAUAUCUUCGAGGAGUUCAGGAAAUCCCCAUUGCUGCUGAACCGACAGUCUGAAACGGGCCUCAGCGAUGACGAAUACAGCCUGCUCACGGACGGGAAACUGCAGGAGAUCUCAAAGAGUUUCGUCUCCGAUGUGGCGGCAUAUUUCUGGAAAAUGGCCAAGCUCAGUGGCAGGGUCGUGGAGAACCACAUCGAGGGGCUAUCGAGUGACACUAAACAUAACUGAACACAUAACUGAACCAUCAAUAAACCCAAAUCUGCGACACUCGA